AUGGCGACAACACUCAACAGUGGCUUCACAAUGCCUAUCAUUGGACUUGGUGUUUGGCGCAUGGAAUCUCAACAAGUCAAGGAUCUCAUCCUUAAUGCCAUCAAAAUUGGUUAUCGCCACUUUGAUUGUGCUGCUAAAUAUAAGAACGAAGAAGAGGUUGGAGAGGCGCUUAAAGAGGCCUUCAGUAGUGGUCUUGUUAAAAGGGAGGACCUUUUCAUUACCACCAAGCUUUGGAAUUCUGAUCAUGGACACGUUGUUGAGGCUUGCAAGGACAGUCUCAGAAAACUUCAAUUGGAUUAUCUGGAUUUAUAUCUAGUUCACUUCCCUGUUCCUACAAGGCACACUGCUAUUGGUAAAACUGCAAGUGUUUUGGGUGAGGAUGGAGUAUUGGACAUAGAUACCACUAUAUCCCUGGAAACUACGUGGCGCGCCAUGGAAGAUCUUGUUUCAAUGGGCUUGGUUCGUAGCAUUGGAAUCAGCAACUAUGGUGUGAUUAUGGUAAGAGAUUGUUUAGCAUAUUCCAAGAUAAAGCCUGCUGUGAAUCAAAUUGAAACCCACCCAUACUUCCAGCGAGAUUCGCUCGUCAAGUUUUGCCAGAAGCAUGGGGUUUGUGUCACAGCUCAUACUCCUCUUGGAGGUGCUGCGGCCAAUACUGAAUUGUUUGGUACAGUUUCAUGUUUAGAUGACCAACUUCUAAAGGGCCUGGCUGGAAAAUAUAAAAGAACUGCUGCACAAAUUGCUCUUCGUUGGGGGAUUCAAAGGAAAACUGUGGUCAUUCCUAAAUCAUCAAAAUGGGAAAGAUUGAAAGAGAAUUUUCAGGUGUUCGAUUUUGAGCUAUCUAAAGAAGACAUGGAGCUCAUUGGAAAUUUGGACAAGAAAUAUAGAACUAACCAACCAGCCAAGUUUUGGGGCAUCGAUAUUUACGGUUGA